ACGCGGAGUCACACCGGUCUCCUCGGAGGAGAAGCUGGCCGACUGAUGCUGCAGCUGCCGCAACACCUCUGGAGGUGAUGCGUGAGGAAACGCGGUGCAGCAGCCGGUGAAGAAGAAGAAGAAGAAGGGGUGCGAACACAUGCUGGAGAGAUGCAGACAUACAACUACAACAACAACGUCUGACUCCGAGAAAGAGAGAGACUGAGAGAGAGAGAAAGAGAGAGGAACGAGGAGAGUGGAGCAAGAGGAAGGGGAGCAAAGCGACCAGCACCGGGAUUAGGUGGCUGGACCGGUGCAGCCUCUCAUCGGGGAUCCUCAACCCUCAAGGAGAGGAGGAGUACAGUCAAAACAAUCGUGAACAAUGGACCGGUGUUCAGCUGCAAAGAAAGUGAGCAGGAUGUCAGCCUGCAUGGCGUGGCUCCUGGUUCCCCUCCUUCUGUUUGGAUGCCAAAAAGGCGCCUGCCAGGAGGCUCAGAAGGAGGCUGCCGCCAACGACAGCACGGUGUUCACAAGGAUCUUGGACGGGCUUCUUGAUGGUUAUGACAACAGGCUGCGACCCGGCCUUGGAGAGAACGUCACAGAGAUCAAGACAGAUAUUUUUGUCACAAGCUUUGGACCGGUAUCCGACACAGAAAUGGAAUACACCAUCGAUGUGUUCUUCCGUCAGAGCUGGAAGGAUGAGCGCCUCUGCUUCAAAGGGCCUAUGGUGAUGUUGCCCUUGAACAACUUGCUGGCCAGCAACAUUUGGACACCGGACACGUUCUUCCUCAAUGGCAAGAAGUCCAUUGCUCACAAUAUGACCACACCAAACAAGCUGCUCAGGCUCAAGGAUGAUGGCACUCUGCUUUACACGAUGAGGUUGACAAUAUCGGCCGAAUGUCCCAUGCAACUGGAGGAUUUCCCCAUGGAUGCCCACGCCUGCCCUCUUAAGUUUGGCAGCUAUGCCUAUCCGGUGUCUGAGGUGGUAUACACAUGGACUAAAGAUGCUGCCAAGUCCGUAGUGGUGGCAGAAGAUGGCUCCAGACUCAACCAGUACCUUCUGGUUGGGCAAACCGCCGGCACAGAGGACAUACACACAAGCAGAGGUCAGUAUACAGUGAUGAUGGCCCACUUCUACCUGAAAAGGAAGAUUGGAUAUUUUGUCAUCCAGACAUAUAUGCCAUGUUUCAUGACUGUAAUCCUGUCCCAGGUGUCAUUUUGGCUAAAUAGAGAAUCUGUUCCUGCACGGACUGUUUUUGGGGUGACCACAGUUCUGACAAUGACCACCCUCAGCAUCAGUGCCAGGAACUCCCUCCCUAAAGUGGCCUACGCAACAGCAAUGGACUGGUUCAUUGCCGUCUGUUACGCUUUUGUCUUUUCGGCCCUGAUUGAGUUUGCCACUGUGAACUAUUUCACCAAGAGGAGCUGGGCAUGGGAUGGAAAGAAAGCUCUGGAGGCGCAGCACCCAAAGAAACGAGACCCCAUGGUGCUGUCGAAAAAGCCCAACAAUGUUUGCUCAGCAGCCGUCAACUACACACCAAACCUCAACAAGGACGUCUCCAUCUCCACCAUCUCCAACACGACGUCUGUGCAGCUCCGAGCCUCGGAGACCAAGAUGGUAGACCCAAAGAAGACCUACAACAGUGUCAGCAAGAUCGAUAAAAUGGCCCGGAUAGUGUUUCCUGUUCUUUUUGGAACCUUCAACCUUGUCUACUGGGCUACGUAUCUGAACAGGGAACCAGUGAUUGAAGGAGUUAUUGCUUCAACCUAGCUCUUUUUGGAACACUUUUUGAAAAACAGCAACUUACUUCAAGCACUUUUGAAGGCUGCAAUGGAAUCCUGUCCUUUUUGGGUUUUUUUUAAUGGUCUGAACGACCUGCUUGAUGGCUUUGUAACUAUGAACGGUGCUAUGCUUCUUCUGCAUUCAUCCUGCUGCAGUUCGCAUGUCGCACUUUUCAAAGGCAGCUGUGAAUAUUCCAGUCACAGCUUACAGCACAGGAGCACUCUCCAUUACUAAUACUUGACAACGGUUUCUCAAUCAAGUUGAGAUGUUUGCAGCUAGGCAUCACUUUGUUGCCAUGGAGCUAAUUGCCUGAGACGUUCUGAGCUUAUACUGGAAGAACUGCCAUAUUCCAAUGCAUUUAACAAGGGAUUUUUUUUAUGGAAUCCCUUGGGCCUUAGUGCAUUGAUAAUUUCACUUUAUGUUGCAUUGUUUGUUUGUUUGUUUUUUUUUAAAGUGAACCAUUUUCCUAUCACAUUCAAAGCCUUGAACCGCAAGUCAGGUUUUCCAAAAUGCCUCCUUUCUGGGAGGUGACAGAAAACAUACAUGUGGAGGACUGUCAUUGGAAUGGUUUCCUGAUCUUAAUCAUCAUCUCUGUAAAUGAAGAGACUCUUUAAUGCUCAUAAAAGUUUUACAAGGCUUCAUUUAGGGCAUGCCAACAAGAAUAUUAAAUAGAAAUAUCUUUGGCCCACUUUCACUCUGUGGCUGGACAGUUGUGGAUGAUGCGUUCUGUACAAAUUUCCCAUGUGUGCGGGAAAUUAAAUUUGAGCCUGGAAAGCUCAAGUUUGAAGUUAAAGUGAAUUCACAGACGAGCGACCCCCCCCCACGCGGUUCAAAUCAGCGAGAUGAUGCUGAGCAUGGCAUACAGAGUGUCCAGCAUCCCCAACAACUGUACGUUUGCAGAAUUGGGUAUCUUUAAUAGGGCUGUCAGAAAUCUACACUUUUUAUUAAUUACAUUAAAAUGUGUAGCAGACUUAACGCAUGUUAACGCUCUGUGUUAUGACAACACAGUGUAGCAACCCCCCAGUGUCUGAAGUCCUUACCCUAUUUAACAGCAGUUUAUGUAUCUCCAAGGUCGGCUCGACGCAGCCCCGCACACAACAAAAGUUCCUCCUGCACUAGAAGUGCUACAUGUCUGCAUGCGCCCAAAUCCGUACUGAGGCGGUACUCAUCCCCAAAUUUUGCCCACACUUGCAUGUACAGCGGGUUACGACCGGAAAACUCACCACACCCUGCCAAGUGCUCGCCCCCCCCACCCAAAACCCCCAAAUGCUGCACAAGCGCCACCCUAGUGAGACAUUUUUUGAGGCACAUUUUGCAGGUUUUAACACUUAUAUCACUCUCACAAAGACAGGAAGUCCCAUAUUGGCAGACAGACUGUGGCCGGGGUGGAGCUCAUUGGCAUUUUCGAGCAAGUAUCAGCCGAUAUCAUACUGUGCUUUUUCACUGAUAUCGGCCAAUGGCGAUCGGCAUACAACUUACUUGUGUUUGAAGUGUCACAUCAUAUUAUUCAUGGCAAGACAGAAAGGGAAAGCUUUGCUUUUGGGGAAUACUUGUGUAGAUAUUCUUCUCAUUGAAUCUUUUUGUCUUAAUGUUGAUAUGAACAUUUUUUCGGUGCUUGUAAAAAUUGGCAAAUGUGGCUUUUUAAUCAUUAUCUUGUUAUCUGAUUUGAUUCUUUUCUUUUGAUCGUUAAAACUGCGGUACAGCAGCUAUACAGGAGGUCUUAGCACAUCAUGUGACACAGCCUGCUGCUUUGAUCAAUUAGCUUUUGCUUCGUCAAAGGUAACUUUCUGGUGAUGAAAAGGCGAUGGCCUGCAGAGACAUGUCAAUAAAGAUCUGUUGUGCUGUACUGCUGUGCUGCACUUUGUAGUGACUCUACCGCCGACUUACUGGUAAAUGCUCCAUUUGCGCCCACCUCAAUGGAAUGUGCACAUCAGUAACGUGCUCAGCGGUUGUUCUCAGAAAAAUUGAAGCAGAGGUAGCAUAAAAGCAAGUCCGGGUAGUUGCAGCUCAAGAUCCUUUCAAGGUCUCCAUGGCAGCAAGUCCCCAAGAAGCCACUUGACAUCCCUUCCUAUUUAGCUUUUAAAAAAUCCAUGUUGCUCUCUACUGAUCCCAUAGAGCUUAGUACAAUUUAUUUGAGCUUUAUUAACCAAUGUUUGCAAAGGUAAUCCUUUGGGUUAGAUGAAAGUUGGUGAUAAAAGUUACAGAAAUGUAAGAUUCCUACUUGCUAACACAAGACAACUGUUGUUUUAUGCUUGAAUGGUUAAAGAUUGACUUAGUUUCAUAAGUCAGCCUCCUAUUUAUGUGUAGUUGUUGGCAGAAAAGUAACAUUAUUCACUCCUUGAAGUUGGUACCGUGAAAAUGGUAUGCUAAGGAUUCCUUUUAGACAGUGGAUGAAAGAAAAUGUGGACCUUGUAGUUCUAAAUAGAAAAUUAACGCUUGGUUUUAGCUACAGCUGUAAGAACUAAUCAAUGAUUAAUCAUCUUAACCUCCCAAAUGUUAAUAUUUCCUUAGCCAUGCAUGAAAGCAGACCUGUUUUAGGCAAGACAAGUUACCGUAUACACAUCAGGUUUGAGUUUUUUCUGAUACAUUGCGGACCAAACCACUAACUUGUUAUAAUAGUUUGGUUCAUAUUGGUUUAGUCUAUCUAAGGCCAAGCCAAUUACUUGAUCAAUCAAAACAAAAAAGGUUCAAAAUAAUUGCCUAUGAAAAUAUUUAUGGUUGGUUGCAGCCCGAGCUCAAACUAAUGAUGUGUUGAAAUAUUUUUUUUUCCAUGAAGUGUUGCUGGUUAUUUGCCAGUUAAGAACAAUUCUGCAGAGCUACGUCACAUGUGCAUGUACGCUCCUCCAUCAAAUGUCUUUUUUUUUUU